GUGAAAUUCAAUUUGGCAACUAUUCGAUCAUCUCUGCAGCUCAACAAACUCAACGCCAAUCCGUUCGGUCAGCUCUGCAACUCAAAUUUGCGAGUAUACUGGCUGUUGAUCAACCUGAUGCACAACCUGUUGUACAUGAUCCCACAUUUUCUGUUGCACAAACUGUUGUAGUUGAAAUUCCAUUUUCAUCAAAUCAAUCUCCUGGUCAAAUUCAUUCUUCCUUCAACAACAGUAUUGAAGAACAUUACAUCCAUGUUAACAAUGAAGUCAAUGUUAUAGACACUUCCCAAAGUCAUAUGACCAAUACAGAUGUGCUCUCUUGUAGUCCUACCCCAAAAGUUAGCUCUAG